AUGUCCAAUCUCACCUUCCCCGGCGCAAACAAACCCUCCUACCGGCCAGUCCCGAGCAGUGGACCCUCCUUCAAACCGCGGACUGGUGGUGCGCGGCGGUGGCCCCGAAUUGAAUUCAAGUCUCUCUUGAUGUGUCUGUAUAUCGCUACCAUCGCUACAAUUGGACUUGGCUUCGGCGCGUACGAUUUUUACCUCUCCGCACUAUCCCGCCGAGAGCAGCAACUCCGCGAAGAAGAGAUGCAGUUCGCGCGGAAUCGGCAGCUCAUGGACGCGUAUGGAGAUAAGGAGUCGUUGCGCGAUGUGCAGCAGGCACUGGAUGCUUACGAGCGAUAA